CUGUGUACAUGCGAAUGUAACGUUUUGUUAUAAUAGCACACAUUCGACAUCGGUUUGCUGUACAGUGAAGGUUUCAUUUAAUUCCGUUCCAGAUCGUAUACAGAAAAUUUGUGAUUAGAAAAAAUAAAGUUUUGUUUGUCUGCUCUGUUCGGUGAAAAUCGUUCGAUAAAAUGCCCAGAAUCGAUCAGGAGAUUAAAUUGGACUUUAAGGAUGUGCUCAUUCGGCCGAAACGUAGUACACUCCGAUCACGGGCUGAAGUUGAUCUGAACAGAGCGUUUACGUUCAGAAAUUCCAGUGCUGACUAUGACGGCAUUCCAAUUAUGGCUUCGAAUAUGGAUACGGUCGGCACAUUCGAAAUGGCAAUAGCUUUGGAUAAGCACAACUGCUUCACAACAGUUCAUAAGCAUUAUCAGUUGGAAGACUGGGUUAAAUUUGCCGAUAAGAAUCCAACAGUCUUAAAGAAUGUCGCUGUUAGUGCUGGAGCUAGCAAGGAAGACUUUGAUAAAGUGAAGAAAAUUAUCGAACUCGUACCGGCCAUCAACUACUUGUGUUUGGACGUUGCUAACGGUUACUCGCAAUUGUUCGUCGAUUGCGUUGCAUCGUUUCGCGAUGAGUUUCCGAAGAAGACCAUAAUCGCCGGCAAUGUAGUGACUGGCGAAAUGGUCGAAGAACUGAUUUUGACCGGUGCGGAUAUUAUCAAAGUUGGAAUUGGACCGGGAUCGGUUUGCACAACGAGAAAGAAGACUGGCGUUGGAUAUCCACAGCUCAGUGCGGUUAUUGAAUGUGCAGACUCGGCUCAUGGACUUAACGGUCACAUCAUAUCCGACGGUGGAUGCACGAAUCCUGGUGAUGUGGCGAAAGCUUUCGGUGCCGGUGCUGAUUUUGUCAUGUUGGGUGGAAUGUUGGCUGGUCAUGAACAGAGCGGCGGUGAGACCAUUGAACGCAAUGGCAAAAGCUUCAAAUGUUUCUAUGGAAUGAGUUCGGCCACCGCUAUGGAAAAGCAUCACGGCGGUGUGGCUGAGUAUCGAGCAUCGGAAGGUAAGACCGUUGAGGUUCCAUUCAAAGGGGAUGUGAAGAAUACAAUGAACGAUAUACUCGGUGGUUUGAGAUCGGCUUGUACGUACACCGGUUCGAGUAAGUUGAAAGAGAUGAGCAAACGGUGCACAUUUAUUCGGGUCACUCAGCAGACUAACGAAAUAUUCCGUGGCUCUGAAGUUUGAGAAUUGUUAUUCUUUAUGCCAGAAGUGGCCGUUUUUCCUUGCAUCACCUCCUUAUUUUAAGAUUUUUUUUGUAUUCAAGUUUCGUGUAUCUUAUAACGAUGUGUAGUUCGACUAUUGAUCGCUCCCAUCUUUUUGUAUAAUAAAAACCAAAUUUCC